AAUUCUUUAUCAUGGGACGUCAAAUACGUCAAAACAAUGGUUAAAACUAACAUAAGUAAUAAGAUUUAAAUCAUUUUACGGUGAAGUAAUAUUUGAUUCACAAAUUGAUUCUCGCAUUUAAUCUUCAUUUAAUAUACGAUUUAUGUAUAACAGUUAUUAGCUUAGAUAAUAGGUAAAAAUGUCAGAGAGGCUAAAAACCAGCAAUAUUUCAAACGAAGAAGUCAUCGAAGAUUUAACUAAAGAUCUAGAAAUGUCUCUAAAAACCGGCGAAGGUGAUUUUGUUGUGAAACCAGACGCCUCUGGAGAUGAAAAGACUUCAUCCAAAGAUAAAUCAAGUAAAGAUGUUCCAUCAGCAAGUAAUACUUUCAAUGACGAGACGGAGAUAGACAGUAAAUAUGAAGAUAGCGACAAAGAAAGCGAUUCAGACUCAAUAGAUGAGACAUCUCUCAAAGAUGCUGAAAUGAAUUUAACAGAAGACGAGAAAGCUGAACGGCAGGUGAUCGCCGAGGAGUUGAAGAGGGCAGGCAACGAAGCAUUCAAGGUCGGAGACUUUGAUAGGAGCAUAGAGAAAUAUACUGAAGCCCUCCGUAUAUGUCCCCUACAAUACACAACACAGCGUGCCAUACUGUACUGCAACAGGAGCGCCUCAAAGAUGAAGUUGGAGAGGUACAAGCAGGCGAUCAAAGACUGCACCAGGGCCGUGGAGCUCGACGAUACAUACCUUAAGGCCUAUUACAGGCGAGCUCAGUCCUACGAGGCCACAGACAAGCUGGACGAGUGUCUGGCUGACUACAAGAAGAUUCUAGAACUCGACCCGUCGCACAAGGAGGCGCACGCGGCCAUCAUCCGCCUGCCGCCGUUAAUAGAAGAGAGGAACGAAAAACUCAAAACGGAGAUGCUCGGAAAGCUAAAAGACCUGGGCAACAUGAUCCUCAAGCCAUUCGGCCUGUCCACGGAAAACUUCAAACUGGAACAGGACCCGGAGUCCAAGGGCUACAAGAUAAACUUCAAGCAAUAACAACCAAUGAGCGCAUUGUGAUAUAAUAUAUUAUAGCCUCGCAAAAUAAAA